AUGGGGCAAAGAUUUGCCAAGCAUCUUAUGUAUUCUGGUGUAAAACGGUACCAUCAACGAAGUCACUUAUCUGCUAUCAACAAAUGGCAAACUGCACUUAGAAGAUUAAGAGAUGAUGAAGAUAGAUUUAUAACAUUAGGUUAUUUAGCACAGGCAUUUUGUGAUUUAUGUGAUUAUGGACAAAUGUUACAUUAUGCUUUAUUGCAAAUGGAAUUAGCUAAUUCUAGACAAGAUGAUUAUAUGAAAUCUGAGGCAUAUCUUAAUUUAUCUAAGGCGUAUGAAAAAUUAGCUGAUUUUCCAAAAUCAAUAAAUUAUGGAAAAGCGAGUCUUCAACAUCCUAGUAUAGAUCCAAGAACACCAGGAUAUGCAUAUUUAUCUAUAGCAACAUCGUAUAUUAAUUCUAGUCAAUUUCAAUUAGCAUUAAGUUCUUUUGAACAAGCAAUGAAUAUUGCAAAUCAAACAGGAGAUAAAUUAUUAGAACUUCAAGUAUGUAUUGGUUUAGGAUCAUUAUUUACAAUACUAAGAGAUUUAUCUAAAGCAUUAUUAUUUUUACAAAAUUCACUUCAAAUUUUACAAUCAAUUACUGUUGAUCAUCUUCAUGCAAAAUAUAAAUGUGUUAUCUUAUAUUAUUUAUCAAUUGUUAUGAAAUUAAAAGGAAAAUUAAUAAAUGCUAGAGAAGCAUGUGAAGAAGGUUUACGACUUGCAUCAGAAACAAAUAAUAGGGCAAUAUAUGGGAGAUGUCUUUGUAGUAUAGCUGAUAUUUUUAGAGAAUUAGGUGAAUCUGAGACAAUGGAAACAAUAACAAAAUCAUGGGCACGUUAUGAAUCAGCAUAUAGGUUAAUGAAUAAAAUUAAUGAUAAAAUGGGUGAAGUUAUUGUUUUGAGUAGUAUAGCUAAAUCAGCUUCUGAAUCACGAUCUCAUUAUGCUGGUCAAUGUGAGUGUCAAGCAAUACAAUUAAAUAAAAAAUGUUUAGAAAUUGCUAAAAGUAUUGGAUGUAAACAUGCCAUGAUGAAAUGUCAUAUGCGUUUACAAGAAUUAUAUCAACAAUUAUCAGAUGAGGAUAGUGAAGAAAAUUGUAAACAUUGUAUAACAUCAUUAAGUCAAGAAAUGGAAUUAUUUUGUAAUUUUUGUGGGCAACGUUUUGGUAUCAAAAAUGAAUCUUUAAGAGCUUUACGUUGUUCACAUAUAUUUCAUGAAAACUGUCUUCAUAUCUAUUUAUCACAACAAUCAGAACAAACAUGUCCCAAAUGUCAAUGUAAAGCAAUUCUUAAUGAUAAUAUAAGUACACAAACUAGUUCAAUAACUUCCUCUUCACCAAUUGAUCGUAAUAAAAAUACUCUUAAUUUUAGUCGUUAUAUGAAGCAAAAAAGAUCUUCAAGCAGUUUGGAUGAGACAUCAAUAAAUAUGCGAAUAAAAAAUAUAAAAUUACCUUUACAAGGCUACCAAGAAGAUAUUUUAAAUGAAUUACCACCAGUUCCUGAUGAAUUGUUGUUUAAAAAUAACUGUAAACAACAUACACCAACAACAUUAAUUCCAAUUCAAGGAAUAUCAUUAGCAACAAUUGAUGAAUCUAAUAAAUAUAGUAAAUCAAAUAAACCAAUAGUUUUACCAUUAACACGCCGAGUAAAUCGAUCUCUACAUGUUGAUGGAUCAUUAGAACAUUAUGAAACAUCUAAUAAUUUAUCAAAAAUAAAUCCUUCUGUUAAUAUUAAUGAAAAAAAACCUAAAAUUAUUCACAAACAAUCACCAACAGAACUUUAA